GGGACUUCCCGAAAAGGUAAAAUGAGAUAAUAUAAGAGAGACAGAGGGAGUAAUAUUUUGGUUGUUUAAAAAAAAAGUUAAUUCGUGUAUUCAAAAUUUAAAAAAUAUUUAUCAAAGAAAUUGAAAAACUUUUAAAAAUUGCCGAUAUAACUCGAGAAUAUAGGACUUUUAGAUAAGCCGACUAGUGAAAUACGCAGUGUGUAUUAGAUAGGUAACAAUCUUUAAAUAGCCGAAGGUGCAUUUGAACAAUAAACCCGGUGCUCAAUUUAAAUACGGAGUACUCCCUCCGUUCCUAUUUUGUCUUUCAAAUAGGUUUGACACACAAUUUAAGAUAAUGAGUAUUAUGUGUUGGAGAGUUGUGAAGAGGAGAGAGAAAUGUGUAAGAAAUGUUGUGAACCACAAAUUCUUUACUAAAAAGGGAAAGUAGAAGUUUUAAUUGAAACGGAUGAAAAAGGAAAGUUGAAAGUUUUAAUAGGAACAGAGGAGUAUUUAAUUAAAUAAAAUAAUGCAAUAAAUUCCCAUUGUGCGAACAAGCUAGCUAUACGGGACCAAAACUCCCUUAAUCAUAUCCGGUAGUCAGGUUUCCACGUGCUCCUGGGGACUACCAUCCCUGCCUGCUAUCUCUUACCCUUGAUUGAUGAUUCAAUGUUGUAUAUUGUUUCCUUCAUUUAACUCCUCCUUUGACCAUCUUUGCCCCUCUUUCUUCCAUUGAAAGUCAAUCUUACACCGCAUGUGUUACUGUAUAAAUCAAGAAAAACUAGUAAUUGCAUCGUGUACACCAAGUGUUUGUCAUUAGGUGUCUGUGAAAGUACCCCUGCUGUGGUUUUUUGGAAGAAGAAAUAUGGUGAUGGAAGGGAUUCAGGAAGACAUGGGUGAUGGUAGCAGCAUGCAGUGCACCAACCAUCCAUACAAGAACAGCAGCAGCCCAGGAGGGAUUUGCGCUCUCUGUCUCCAGGAAAAGCUUGGGAAGUUGGUUUCUUCUUCUUUCCCUUCAUCCAUUUUCCCAUCUUCUUCUUCUUCAUCAACCCCUUCUUUUAGAUCUGAUCUUGGUGGCCCAGGAAUUACCACCAGUGCUCCUACUUCAUCGCUGCAUGCUCACAAGACCAGUCAGUGUAGCUACAACCACCACCCUCAUCAGUUUGCCUCCAUCAGAAAACCAAGAUUGCCCUUCCGAAGGAGGAAGAAGAAGAGUAGUAGCAGUAGCAGUAGUGAUGCUUCUGCUAUUGUGUUCAAGAGAAGCAAAUCCACUGCCACUCCAAGAAACAGGUUAAGUUUUUUGGAAACUGACAAGAACGGUGAAGAUAAUAGCCCCAGGAAAAGGGGUUUCUGGUCAUUUCUCUACUAUCCAUCAUCAACAUCCAAGAAAUUUGAAAAGACUAGUGUUAAAGAUGCAAGCUUUUCCUCCCCAUCUGCAUCUGUGAGUGGUUCAGUCGGGGUUAGAGAGAAGAAAAGAGACAGCUUCGUAGUGGUGGAGGAGAAUGAGGAGGGUUCCGAUCAGACUGCCCCAGCCCAACAUGAUAGAAAAGUGUCCAGGUCCAGAUCUGUUGGGUGUGGAAGCAGAAGCUUUUCAGGGGACUUCUUUGAGAGAAUCUCAACUGGUUUUGGGGAUUGCACACUAAGAAGGGUUGAAUCUCAGAGAGAAGGAAAGCCCAAAAUCCAAUCUGUCCAUCACAGGAACAGCGUGGCUUCUUCAGGGCAAGACUGCAUAAGGGAAAGAGUGAAAUGCGGAGGAAUCUUUAGUGGGUUCAUGAUGAUAUCUGCUUCUUCAUCUUCAUCAUCAGAUUGGGUUUCUUCUGAAGAGAAUGGGAAAGGGAAACCAACACCAUCUUCAUCUGCGGUUCAUCAUCAUCAGCUGGCUCAUGGUAGGAUCAAGAAUUGGGGAUGGGCACUUGCUAGUCCAAUGAGAGCUUUCAGUAAGACAUCCUCUGGGAAAACAGAUGCUUCUAACAAAAAUCCAUCUCCCAACUUGGAUUCCAUUCCUUCUUUGUUGACUGUCAGAAGCUAGGAGAAAGGCAUGAAUUUCUCCACGGAGUAAAUCAGCUACUAAUAAUAAUAGUAAAAUAAUACUGAUGCUGCUAUAGAUACAUUAAGUUAAUUGUCAUCUUUAAAAAUGUGUUCAUUAUCUCUAAGUUGAUGCAUGUUAGUCUUGAUAGCCGUUGUUGGAUUUAAUUCAUGGAAUUCAUGUUAGUUUCCCAUCAUAACCACACGAUUCUUGGAUGGGUAGGCAUGGUUUUCUUGGAUGUGAUCUAAUCCGGCCAUGUGAUUUGCUCAAAAACAGACAUUAUGGAUGAGAAUAAUUGUCUUCAUUUUCUUGUCACCAUGAUAUUGUUAGUUUAGCUUUGAAAUAUUUGUGGAUGGGUAUCUUCCUCGUUUCUUCUUUAUUGUAUGAACCUAAGAAGUUUUGUGGAUGCAUUAUUGAGUUGAUAUGUCUCUUAAUCUUAUGCACGUGUGUGUACUAAA